GAGACACACUUGCGCAAGACAUCUGUGUGCCAGCAAGCUUUAUGUAGUGCCUUUGUCAAAUAAUUUAAAAUUUGCAUCACUUUUAGUUAAACAAUUGCAAGAGUACUUUUGAUAAAAGUAAUGUAGAAAUUUUUUUAACUUGCGUGGAAGACGCAACUUACCUGCACGCGCGUGCAUCAAGUAAAUCUGUCAGUUUAUGAUUAUUUAGUAGUCAACGGAUAUGUUUUUUAAGUAUCUGGAAUAAAGAGGCUUCAUUUGUUGAAGAAUAAUGGAAAUUGCUCAGCGAAUUGCAAACUUUUCACCGCUGAUUGUCUUCCUCUUCGCAGCGUGCACGCAGGGCGUCUUCAUUGAGCCACUCCGGGCUGUCACAUCGCAACGCUCGCUGGCCGAGAGUAUCACCCGGCUGCCGUGUCGCUACCAGGGCAGCGUGGGCGAGAGGGUGGUGCAAGUGACCUGGUACAAGGAGCUGCGUGACGGCACCAAGGACCAGAUCAUCACUGCCCAUUUUUCAGAUGGGUACACAGAAUUCGGAAGCUACGCAAGUCGCAUGAGGUUCGAGAGCGACAAGCCCACCUCUAACUCGGCACUACUCAUCCCCAACACGGAAGAGUCUGACGAUGGCACGUACACCUGCCACAUUUCCACAUUCCCCAACGGAAACUUCGAGAGGCGUAUCAAGCUCACCGUGUGGGUGCUUCCCAUCGCCUCGCUGGAACCGUUGGUGCUGGUGGAGGGCCAGUCGUUCCGUGUGGCCGCUUCAUGUCGCGCCGUGGGCCGCCCGCUGCCCACCCUCUCCUGGGACACCACCGUGCCCGGUCAGACCCACAACCGCACCAACGAGGGAGGCUCUGUCUCCAGCUAUUACUCGCUGCACCCGCUGCGUAGCAUGAAUGGCAAGAACCUGGACUGUCUGGUGCGCCACCCUGGCCUGGAGCACCCACGGAGGAUCACGAAUAAACUGGUGGUGCACUAUCCCCCGGACGCCACCAUCUCCGUCACAACGGAUGACUGGUUUGCAGGUCUGGAGGAGGCGGCACUCACUUGUGACUUCACCGGGUUUCCCGUACCUGAAAACAUCACCUGGACAUGGAAGGGCGGGGCUCUGCCAGAUGGAGUCACGGCGUCGGGAGGACGUGUGACGUUCGGUCGAGCCCUGCAUCUGGACGACAGUGGCUUGUACCAGUGUGUCGUCGGCAAUGGCGUGGGCGUUGCCAAAGCCGACUACUUGAUGACUGUGACUGCGUCUUUCCUUGCAGAGAAAUCUCAGCGCAAGGAGACCGUGGCAUCCGACUCGUCCAUCCUCGUCAUCAUCAUCGGCGUCUCGGCCGCCGCCGCCGUCCUCCUCAUGGCCGUCGUGGUCCUGCUGCUUCUGCGUCACCACCGGCGCCGCAACAAAAAGCUCGUGAGGCAGCUCAGCGUCAAAACGGAGGAAGUCAACAAUUUGUCCCGGCAGGCUUCCUUUCGGAGGCUCAACUCUGUCGGCUCGGAUCCACGAGCGCAGUCUGAAGAUUACGCUUUGCUUCGAUCAGACAGCCGCAUGAAAACCAGCCAAGUGUCCCUGGAGCGACCCAUCUACAAAGGGAGCCAGUCCACUCUGGGCGGCAGGUGGGCACCCCAGGGGAGCUUGGAGGCGGAGGGCCUCCCCGCCGUCUGGCACAAUGAAGGCGACAAUGCCAGGGUGGAGAAGGACGACCCCAGGAGGAGGGCCAAUUCAUACCAGAAGAGCAGCAACAUGUCGCUGGUACUGGAUUCUGGUCUUCCAUCGUCUCUGCUCCCUUUGAAAAACCAGUCAGACGACGCAGUGGGAACGAGAGACCCUUCGGACGUCUGCGAAAUCUCCGUGCCCACGCCGGAAGAGAACUGGGGUCCGCCGACCCUGACGGCACCCGCUGCCGGCGGGCCGGAGUGCGAGGAGGACGCCGUGGACUCGUACCAACUCUCCCGAGCGCUCACCAAUCACUUCUACUACAGUAACGGCACCCUCCGGCCACGGCCGCAAACCAACGGCAUCUUGUUGCACCCCCACGGUCAGCUCAUAUAGUGCCAUAGUCUCCCAUGUGCGCAAGUCAUCUAGAGUGUGCAGCGGCGCGCAUUCUCCGGUCAAGUUAAACCAUUCAUAUACGUAACCCUGAUACCAGGUAGGCACUGCGGGUGGAACAACCGUGGGUGUUUUCAAAUCUGGCCGCGCAUUCUCUCAUGGUCUUGAAGCACUUUUUACUCUUCUACACUCCAGAGACUGUGAAACAUGAUCUCGCACAUUGAGAUUCAGCCAGCUGACUCGUGUCACAUUAUGCCAAUGGCCGACGGUCAAAAUGCAGUAUUAGCAGAUUAAUUGGUGAAAAAAAAAAUAUCGGCAACGGUGGACUCGUUCACUUGCUUUUCAGCUUUAAACGAUGCCGCAGCGGCUCCCCGAGUUUAUGUUUUCGAAGAGCCACUCGAUAUUACAACAGCUGCAGUCGUCGUAUAUGGCGCAAUGGGGAGGAGUUCGAUUCAGAAUCGUUUUGUUUCCCGGUUGAUCGACGGCGCUCGUAAAAUGCAUUGAAGUGACUCUCCCGUGGUCUCUGGUUGCAGCCCAGUUGCGGGACACCGCUGAUAAUCAACGGCCGGCGCACUCCCCAAACGCGUUCAGUCAUAACUACAGUAUUCUAAUUAAUCACUUCUACUGGAAAUACUUCUCACAGCAUAGAAAAAAUAAAAUAAGAUCACACGCUCCCUCUAAGUAGCGUUAGACGAGCACGCAUGUCAUACUGUCAUACAGGUAUAACAUAUAUCCACUGUGGAAGUUAAUUUUAGAUUUAAAGUGUUAUAUUUUUUUCCUAUGUGGAUUUCUGUGGCAUUCACGUCCUGUCAUCUUACAGCAGAGUGACACCUCUUUGUCGGCUGCGCGCAAUAUCACCAGAAGUCAUUCCAGAGUAGUAUACAAGCCAGGCAUGUUAAGAAAAAAAAAAAAGGACUUACACACGAAUGGGAGAAUAUGGCCCAUAUAGCCUCGAUAAUUACGUGCCUUUUUUUUUAUACACACAAACGGUGAAGGCAGGAUAUUUCCAAAGAUCCAAGAACUAAAGAAAUUGCUGCCUCGGAGCCAUUACAGACGAUUCACUAUUUCCACCAUGGGGAAACUGUACACCCUGGAACUAGAAACUAUGGGAGGACCAUUCUGUGUUUGGAGCUUCGUGUCCACAUUUAAAUCAAGUGCAUUUUAUAGGGGACCGAAACAAGAGUCUGCGAAGUGGACUGCGACGUUCCAAAGCUUUUGGAAUCUUUUUGAAAAUUGCCACAUCAGAGCUGGAACAGAAGAGCCAGCCAGCAUUUCGACCAUCGGAACUAUUCUGUAGUUCCAGGCCAGAAAACGGGCCUUGUUAAGUGUGGUCGCAAGAAAACUGAUGUCGCAGAAAAACUGCCACUUUCACGAUGGGGAAAUGAGGAACUUUUGGAGGACAUUUGUGUGUUUGCGUUGCAAAUGCUAGUGCCUAAAUUUUGUUCUAGAAUCAUUCAUCAGAGCCCCAAAAAGAUGCAGGUAAGCCCUUCGGGGAAUAUAUCUCUCGGGAACCUUUUCGUUCAGGGACCUGAAAUGAUUGAGAACUUCAGAUUCUUAGAACUCGGUGUGAUGUAUAAAAUAGUUGUGGUGCGUGACAAUCGCUUUCAACACAAGAGGAAGAGAAAAGUGAGCGACGGGGGUUCAACAGAAAACCGUUUAGCAAAUUUGCAGAAUGACUUUAAAAUCCCAGUACACAUCCAAAUCUUACAUUU